AAUCAAUCGUAUAGGUGCCACACUUUUAUACUUAAUAUUUAUAAAUAAAAGGAAUUUAAAGGAAACUAAUAAAAUCGGAAAUGCCUGAGAGCUUAAAAGUGCCGCAAAGCGCUUCCCCGGUGGCCAGAUGGGGAGCUGGUGAUAUUUCAGAGCGUGAGCUGUCGCGUGAACGACAUAACCUGUAUGCCACACCCAUACGGCGCAUUCAAAGAGUACCCCGUAAGCACGUUUGCUCAGCGACUGUCAACAAGUUCACCGGAAAGAGCUCAGCACCAAGUCCUAACCUCGCACGCAUCAAAAGCUGCCUUGACGAGUACGCUACGCCUAAGCGGGCUAAGAUUGGGCCUAAGGCUGCCUCAAUGGAGGAUCUCACACCGAAUAGACCCAAGCGAGACAGAAAGGACAGGUUGUCUGUUGUCCGUUCAGCAGGAUUGCAUAAUGCGAGUGAACAGCAAGCGGCGGCAAGGAUUGGCCGAUUCAUGUUGGCAACCGCCUGGAGACGACGACGCGAAGAGGUUCGAUGCCUCAAGAAGACCUUGGAAUUUCAGGUGUGCUCUUCUGAACGCCUGCGUACUCAAGUUUGGGCUUUAAAGAGUUUGUUGGAUUCGGACAAUGUAAAGGUGCGCCUUGCAAUGCGGGAACUCGAGCGAUUGAAGCAACUGCUAAAGGAGAAAGACAUUGAAAAGGCUUUAUUGGUGAAGGAGAAAACUGAGUUAGAACAAGAUGUGUGCGCAGCGGAAGAUCGAAUGUCGGAAAUAAGCAUCGGGUGGCGAAACACUCGCAACGAAUUGGAAUGCGCCAGGGCCGCUCGCGGUUCAGCCGAACAAUCCUUGGCGUUAGAGCGGGCGGCUGUAAUGGAUGCGCAAGCGCAACGGGACCAUGCCUAUAGACGUAUAUCAGUCCUUGAGGAAGACCUUGCACAGCACGAAAGUAUGCUUGCAACUUCCGAACAAGAAGCGACAGCUCUUCGUCGAGAUGUGGAGGAAAGACAGAGACUUCUAGAUGAUACUAGCAAGCAGUUGAAGCUCGAAAUGCAGACCCGUAAACGGAUAUCUGCCGAAUGCCGAGCCCUGAACGAACGGAUGUUAGCCACGGCAGCAGAAAGUGCGGUGCUCGGAGACGAAUUGAGUGAAGUUCGCGCGCGCCUUACACGCCUUGAACUUGAGCUUGCGACCACUCGUGAGCAACUUAACUGGUGGCCGCGACCUCUUACGCGUAUGUUAGGAAUGGCUCGAAGUUGGCUCAGACACCCAAUGUCCGUCCCUGAAGCUGUGAUGUGGACUUUAGUACCUGCAAGACAUGGCUGUUAACUAAUUGAUGUCCUACAUUUAAACAUUGAGUUAGAUUAUAUCGAGUAGACUUUAAUCUAGAUACCUACAUAUAUGCAUUUCCUUCGCAAAAGGGAGGUACUUAUCACCCUCAUGUUAUUAACUAAAUGUAUUGAUUAAAAGAGUCAGAAAAUAUGGUUGACUCUCAUGAUUGGAAAAUACAAAUAUUUUUAAUUUUCUCUAAAUACAUAUAUAAUGUAGGUUAUAUAUGUAUAUAGGUACUACGGUCGGUAAGUAAAGGUUUUGACAAUAUACAUUAAGAUCUUGUAAUAGGUUAACAUUUUCCUACUUAAUAUAUUCUUAUUGUUUCGUUAAUUUAUCUUAGAUCCGUCUUAAAAAACAUAAUUAUUUGUAAUUAUGCAUUUGUUAUACGGAUGCUUCAAUGGCUGCUAACUGCCUCUAGUCAUAUUUCGCGGAAUUAUUUGCAUAGAAAUUGUCUGACGCACAUUUUGUAAUAGAUAAUUUUUACGAUAUUGUGGCGCCAUACGCUUAGAAUGGUGUGUUUGUAUGCGGUUUUGGUAAGUAUUCUACUUUGUUAUUGCUAGUUAAGUUUUAUUGUAUUUU